AUGGCAGUCACUUUAUGUCAGGUGAUGGGGUUUGUGCUGGGUAUCUUGGGGAUUGCUGGGAUCAUCGCAUCCACCGUGAUGGACCAGUGGAGCACAGAAGACCUCUACAGCAAUCCUGUAACGGCGGUUUACAACUAUUAUGGCCUGUGGAGGUCCUGCGUCAGACAAAGCUCUGGCUUCACAGAGUGUCGCCCGUACUUUACUAUCCUUGGUCUGCCAGGUCUCUUCCAAGCAGUGAGAGCCUUGAUGAUAGUGGGAAUCGUCAUUGGAACAAUCGGCAUCCUGAUUGCCAUUUUUGCUCUGAAGUGCAUUAGAAUGGGUGCCAUGGAGGACACUGCCAAGGCCAACAUGACCUUGACAUCUGGGAUCAUGUUUGCUCUUGCAGGUGUUUGUGCCAUUGCAGGAGCUUCUGUCUUUGCCAAUUUCAUUGUGACCACCUUCAUGAUGACCAGCUUCACUUCUCCAGUGGGAGGCUUCAGUGGAAUGGCAGACAUUGGGGGAUUGGGAGGAAGUCUUACACCCAGGUACACAUUUGGUCCUGCCCUCUUUGUAGGCUGGGUAGGUGGGGCUGUGAUGUUAGUGGGUGGAGUUAUGAUGUGCCUAGCCUGCAAAGGAAUGGUACCAGAAAAGCCACGCUUCAAUACAGUUGCAUACAAAGCUCCCUCACACAACACUAUCUACAAGUCUGAGGACAAGCACAGGCUAACCUACAAUGAGUCGUUCAAGGCUCGAAGUGAGGACGGCAGGCGAUCUAACCAGAAAUUUGACUAUGUAUAA